GCUACAAAAUGGAAACUACAACUUCUUUAUCUCCUGAUAAGCUAAAAUAUAGUAAAUGGAAACAGGUUGACAUGAAAAUAUCUAAAGAGAUAGUAAAUCAUCUGAGGAAAGAUAUGAAUUUUAACAAGAUCACAAAAGUUCAAAGGGAAACGAUUCCUUUGUUUGCUAAAAAUAAAGAUGUUUGCGUAAAAGCAUGUACAGGGUCAGGCAAAACACUAGCAUAUUUGGUUUCUGCAUUACAGAUCAUCCUCAAUAGUGAGUACAACAGUGAGAACAGGCCAAAGAAGUAUGAACUGCUCACUUUGAUUCUGGUUCCAGCUAGAGAACUUGCAAAGCAAGUUGGAAUAGUUCUCGAUCAACUUCUCACUAAAUUUGAGUGGCUUAAAGGUUACUGCUGCAUUGGAGGAAAUAAGAUAAGCGAAGACAUUGACAGUUUCCAAGAGAAAGGAGCCAACAUUCUUAUUGGAACAGUCGGAAGAAUCUGGGACUUUAUUGAUAGAGGAGUUAUUAAACUAAAGACUGUAAAAGUUCUUGUAAUUGAUGAGGCGGAUCUCUUUUUCCAACAAGGAAAUCAAAUAAAGCUUAACCAAAUCAUGGAUAAGAUCCCUAGAGAAAGAAGAACUGGCUUAUUCUCAGCUACUAUGAGUGAUGCAGUCCAAGGCCUUGCCAGAAUUGGCAUGAGAAACCCUUAUUACAUUGAAAUAUUUUCGUAUAAGGAGAAAACACUUCGGAAUAACUGUGAGCCUUUCGCGAUUGAAAGCCUUAGAGAAGAGUAUGCAAGAACUGAAGAUUUUGAAGAAAGAUCUCUUAGAAUGAAAAUAGAAGAAACAAAGAAUGAAAUUGUUAAGAAUGUUAAUGAAAUUCCAAGCACUCUCAAGAAUUAUUUCUUGGUUGUUGGGAAUCAAGAUGAAAAACUUAAAAAUUUGCUAGAAUUUAUCAAACAAAAAGAAGAGAAGCAGAAAUAUAUGAUAUUCUUUGCAACUUGAGCAAGUGUUGAAUACUACUCUUACAUUCUUUAUCAUCUCUUCAAGAAGUUUAGCAUUCCUGGUAGAAAGAUUCUGAAGCUCCACAGAAAGAUCAAGCAGACACAGAGAAGUAAGGUCUACCAAACGUUCCUAAAAAUGGAUAAUGGGAUAUUGCUGACUACAGAUGUCAGUGCAAGAGGGCUUGACAUCCCUGACAUCGACUGGAUUAUCCAAUUCGAUCCUCCCCAGGACACUGACCAGUAUAUCCAUAGAAUUGGUCGAACUGCAAGGGCUGGAAAAGAAGGGGAAAGUUUAAUUUUAUUACAAACACAUGAACAAGCAUAUGUCCAAUUCUUAAAAUCAAGAAAAGUAGACAUAUCCGAGAUCAAACUAGAAACAGAAUUUGACAACAAAAGUAUCACUGAGCUAUGCAAGGGGCUGAUGAAGAAGGAUAAAGACUUGAUCGAUAAAUCCCGAAAUGGAUUUGUAUCUUUCUUCCGUUAUUAUAAAGAGCAUGAACUGAAAUUUAUCAUGGACUUUAAGCAGCUAGAUAUAGCGGCUGUUGCAAACGCCUUCUCUUUGCUAAGAAUGCCUAGGAUUAAAGAGAUAUUAGGCAAGAAGACCAAGAAAUUUGUUAAUGAGAAGAUUGAUAUUGAUUCUAUUCCAUAUUUGAAUAAAAAUAAGAAAAUGCAAAAGGAGAAGAUGAAAGAAGUUCUCGAUGAGAAGAAAGAGAAGAAGAGAGAAGAGAAGUUAAAGCGGAAAGAAAUUGCUGAGAAACAACGGGAGGAGAAAAAUAAAGUAACUCGGGCUGAGAAGAAGAGAAGAAGGAAAGAACUAGAAGUCCAGGACUGGGACGACCUUCAGAGAGAAGACAGGAUUUAUAAGAAGUAUAAGAAAGGAAGGAUUACUAAGGAAGAGUAUGAACAGAUGUUAUUGGAUGAUUAAGAAAAGGCUCA